UGACAGCCAGUCGGCUGGUUUACGUUGUCCGGUCGAGUUGCAAACGUCGUCUGCUGUACCUUGUUCCGCCCCUCUAAAAGUUGUAGAAAAGUCACCCGUGUCCUUUGUGGCGUGCCGUUCGCGAAUUUACUUAAUUGGUAGAACUGGUGCCUUACGGGAACAAUGAGACGCGGAAUGAAGGUGCGUCCGUGCCGCACUGCAGCCAUUUCCAGGCGUGUACGGCAGCCGCAGUAUUGAAUAUAAUGCUACCCGACUCGAGUUUCUUUGUGUGUAAGUACCGCAGGAUGGAAGCGGUCGAGCACUCCUGGUUGGUACGAUGAGAACUUCGACGCCGCAGCAUCCUCCUCUAGACGUCGAACCAAAGCAAAGUCGCAUCCGGACGCAGUACGCACACGCCGCAGUGGGGUACCGAGCGGGCAAAACACUCGUUAGUAACCUACGCAUGAAUCUCGACGUAGGCACGAAAUCCGUUUAGCGCGCGUCCCGUCGUACUAGCUCCGCGAGCUACGGGUAAUCCUUGCCAGGGCAUCUUGCCCAACGUCCCGUGCAGCAAAUAAACAAGCCGUACAGCACAGCUCGUGUCGUCGUCAGGCGGCGUCGCUCGCGGCCGCCGCCAUCCGCAUCGUCGAGCAUGGGCGGUCGGCCGUGCGGAGUUCUAGUGACUGUUCUACUGCUUCCCUGGGUUCGUGCGGACUUGACGCAGGAUGUGGACGAGUACUACACGGCUGUGAUCAAUCUGACGUACGUACACCCGACCACGGGUCAGCUUGUCUCCGAGCGCGAAGAACUGGGCCGCUACUACAGCGCGGGCAAGCUGGGCUCCGUGAGCGGUGUAGUGGUGCACGUGACGAGCGGGAACUUCACGGCGCACGACGCCUGCUCGCCGCUGGACGCGGCCUCCAUCCCGCAGGAGCCCUGGAUCGCGCUCAUACAGCACGGCAACUGCGUCGAGUCGGUCAAGAUGCGCCACGCGGCCAACACCAACGCGUCCGGAGCCGUGCUCUACAGCGGAGCGACGGGACCAGGCGCCAGCGGCCGACUGCUCAAGAUGCGCCACAAAGUGUCCCAGUUGAUCUCGGUGCUGAUUGGCCGGGAGAAGGGGCAGCAAAUAGCAGGCCUGGUGGACAAUGGCACACGUGUGGUGAUGCAGAUGUCAGUGGGCAGUCACCGACCCUUCCCCUACCCGAGCAUCAACCGUACCUCGGUGCUGUUUGUCUCAGUCUCCUUCAUCAUCCUCAUGAUCAUCUCUCUCGCCUGGCUUGUCUUCUACUAUGUACAGCGCUUUCGGUACAUCCAUGCCAAGGACUUACUCGCGAGGCGGCUAUGCAGCGCUGCACAGAAGGCGCUGGAUCGUAUUCCAGUGCAGACACUGCGGCCAGGCGAGCAAGAGUCCGAGUGCUGUGCCGUCUGCAUCGAGCCUCUGCGGCCCGGAGAAUUGGUGCGCUUGCUGCCAUGCCGUCACUCGUUUCACAAGCCAUGUGUCGACCCGUGGCUACUAGAGCAGCGCUCGUGCCCCAUGUGCAAGAUGGACAUCCUCAAGCAUUACGGACUUGUGUAUGCAGCUGGAAGCCAAGAGAGUGUGCUAGAAGACGAUCCAGAAGCUCGUUAAAAUAUACCCGGUGCACUUCCUUCUCUCUUCACUGUGUGUUACUGCGUGUGUGUCUGUUCGCCUCACCAAUAAACCUCACCUUCAUCACCCAUA